CUUUCAAGAUUCAUGCAUUCACACAAGCAGAGGAGAGAGAGGGAGAGAGACCAUGGAACCCAGCUGUGCGCCUGUGAAAUAUCAUAACAUGCAAACUCCAAUAAUAUACUCUGUUCCGGAUCAAAAUAAAAUAUAAAAAAAUCCAGAAAAAUCGACAUAGAUCCACCAAAAACUCAACAAACAGAUCUUUCCAAUCAAUACCCAGAUCCCACAAGACCGCAAAAAUCGUCACGAAAACGACUUUUUUGUCUUCUGGGGUCUCAAUAGUUGGUAACUCUGCGGUUCCCUUCUUUGUUUUGUAUUCUUCUGUUCUGUGAAGUUUCUACGUUUGGGAAGUGUUUUGGCGGCGGAGAUUUUUGGAUAAGUUUCUGAAAAUGGAAAGUUCGGGGAGUACGAGGGUGGAGAAGAGAGGUCAUGAAUUGGAUGCCGAUGCAGAUGAUCAUCCUCCCGAGCUGAAGAAGCAGAGAUUGCCUGCUUUGGCAAGUGUAAUUGUGGAAUCUUUGAAGGUAGAUAGCUUGCAAAGACUUUGCUCGUCGUUGGAGCCUCUUCUCCGUCGAAUUGUUAGUGAAGAAGUCGAGCGCGCUUUGACAAAGUUAGACCAUGCUGAACUGGCUGGAAGGUCUCAACCGCCGAGAAUACAGGGUCCAGAAGGAAAAACCCUGCAACUACAAUUCAAAACAAGAAUGCCACCUCAUCUAUUCACAGGUGCAAAGGUUGAAGGAGAGCAAGGAGCAGCAAUUCAUGUUGUUUUGGUCGACCUCAGCACAGGCAGUGUUAUGCAAACAGGACCCGAAUCCGCUGCAAAACUGAAUGUUGUAGUGCUGGAAGGUGACUUCAAUGGGGAAGCUGAGGAUAAUUGGACAAAAGAACACUUUGAGAACCACGAAGUAAAGGAACGUGAGGGGAAAAGGCCGCUUCUGACAGGGGAUCUUCAGGUUGUUCUCAAGGAAGGGGUAGGUACUCUAGGAGAUCUUACCUUCACCGACAAUUCUAGCUGGACGAGGAGCAGGAAAUUCAGGCUCGGUGUUAAGCUUUUCCCUGGAUAUUGUGAGGAAAUUCGUAUUUGUGAGGCUAAAACGGAUGCCUUUUCUGUUAAAGAUCACAGGGGAGAAUUGUACAAGAAACACUACCCACCGGCUUUGCAUGACGACGUUUGGAGAUUGGAUAGAAUAGCAAAGGAUGGAGCUCUGCACAAAAAAUUGAUACAGGCUGAGAUCAUAACCGUUGAAGACUUCCUUCGCCUUCUUGUCAAGGACCCGCAGAAACUAAGAAAUAUGCUUGGGAGCGGGAUGUCCAACAGGAUGUGGGAAAACACAGUGGAGCAUGCCAAAACCUGUGUCUUGGGUGGAAAGCUCUAUGUUUACUACAAUGAUCAGGCUCACGGCACGGGCGUUGUUUUCAACCACAUUUAUGAGCUCAGGGGACUUAUCGCUGAUGGCCAGUUUCUUGCCUUGGAGUCACUCACCCACGCUCAAAAGGUUUCCGUGGAUUCUCUGGUGAAGAGAGCGUACGAUAAUUGGCAUCAAGUCGUAGAAUAUGAUGGAAAAGUCUUACAUGCUCUCACUGGAAAUAAAAAGGUUGCGAGAGCCUCACCUGCACCGGAGGCUGACCACAACAACUUUGCUGUGAUGGAUCACCAUUCUGCAUCUACUCAGCAGCAGCAGUACACCCCUCAAUUCAGCCAACAUUUCCAACCCGAAAAUAGCCACCCAUCCGUCCCUCAGUUCAUUGAAUUUCCAUUUGUGAGUUCCGACCAAACAGCGUUGAUCAAAUUUAAUAACCCGGAACCAGCAGCAUUACCUAGCAGCAUGGGUUACAUGCCAGUGGUUGGAGGUUCACAUUUUUCAGGAGAUUGGACAAGGCCAAACUACGGGAAUGGAUUGGACGAUUUUGUUGCUGAUGAAAUCCGGAUCAGGAGUUCAGAGAUGUUGGAGAGUGAUGACAUGCAAGGACUGCUCAAGACGUUUAGUAUGGGAGUAGGAGGAGGAGCUGGUUUUGGUGCUUCUGAUGAGUCGUGUUAUAAUUACAGUGUACAAUAUGAGCCUCAGCCGUUCAGGAAAGAGCACGCGAAGAGCUCAGGGAAGGCAGUUGUCGGGUGGCUUAAGCUCAAAGCUGCGUUAAGGUGGGGGAUUUUUAUUAGGAAGAGAGUUGCAGAAAGGAGAGCUCAGCUUACAGAGCUAGACUGAAUCAAAUGCUUUCGUGAUUGUUUAAUUCCGUUUGCUUUGCAGAGACGAGACCAUGAAAAGAGAAGGAAAAUAAGGAGUUUAAUUAUAUAUUGGAACAUUUCAGCGUUCUUUUA